AGGAAAAUAAUAGCAUUAACUCUCUCUCCUGUCUUUUUCUUCCUUCAUCUCUCUCUUUUCUCUCCUCCCUUGUUCUCAUUCAUCAUUCUUGUUUCACUCCCUCUCUUUUCCCCUCCCUCUCUCUCUCCCGAUCGCUCUUGCUCUCCCUCCCUCACUUGUUCUCUCAUGAAUGUCACCUUUACUGGUGGUAGCCGCUGGAUUUGCGCACACACACUCAAACAGACACACACACACUCGCUGGCUUUGGGGUGGAGGGGGGGUAAUGUAGGGCUGUGGGGAGAGAUAGCGUGUGCCAGAAGAGGCUGAAGGGAAAUUUCUCGGAGUCCAUUCUUCUUUUUGCCGGCUCCCGUCCUGCGACUCAGGGCUUUGUCGGUCCCAGCAGCUGAACCAGAAGUGCCUCUGGACGUCGGAGCCCUGGAUUACCGCUCCAGAUUAUUAUUUUUUUCAACACGAGUAAAGUUAGCCACAGGGACUGUAGGCUGACCAUCUGCCUGGAUCUGUUCCUGAUUCGAGCUGUAAAUCCUGCUAGUGGUGAGUGAAGAACUUUCUGUUAUGGACCACCCAAGCAAUGUUUUUCUCUGAAACAGUGUGCUAAACUUUAGGUUUGUCAGUGUCUUCGUCUUCCGAAAGAAGAAAGACACAGGGAGGGGAAGUGUGAGGAGCAGGGGGGGGGCAAAUAUGUCGGCAAUGUCGCAACGAUGACUUCGGCAGAGUCUUUCUGGUUCUUUUUGUGGAAAUGUGACGUCGUCAAUUUACGUUUCGCGGAUUUGUUUCACCGUCAAUAUGUAUUUUGCGAAACCAACAUGAAGGACAAUCCGUGGACGGGUUGUGAGUGGACCAGAACUUAACCGUUUCUCUUUUAGGAUUGGGAAACACAUCGGGAGACGUGAGGAACCUACUCUAAUUCUUGCUCUCCGCUCCGGAUUUGACCCUUGACUUUUAUAUCUUUGCGCUGCUGGUAAAGAAGGUGAAAAGUUUAUCCAGAGAGGGUCUCCUAAGCAGACAGAGACCCCCCUCCCAAAGGUGAGAGGGGGGGGAAGAUGGCAGCUCUCGCCAGUUCUCUCAUCAGACAAAAACGGGCAGUCAAGGACGACCAGGCCAACCGACCGAUAGCCACCAAACGCAAGCCCUGCCCCAAGAGCAACAAGUCCCUUUGCCAGAAACAAAUUCUCGUUCUCAUAUCAAAAGUUCGGCUAUGUGGCGGUCGCAGAGGAAGAACAGAAAAAAGGCCGGAGCCGCAGCUGAAAGGCAUCGUCACCCGCCUGUACAGCCAGCAUGGCUAUUACCUGCAGAUGCUGUCGGAUGGCACCAUGGACGGCAUAAGGGACGAGAACAGCUGCUUCUCACAGUUCAACUUGAUUCCUGUGGGUCUGCGGAUAGUGGCGAUUCAGGGAGCAAAGACUGGCUUCUACCUGGGCAUGAACAGCGAGGGGUACCUCUACACCUCCGAGAACUUCAACCCAGAGUGUAAAUUCAAAGAGAGCGUGUUCGAGAAUUACUACGUGACGUACUCCUCUUUGCUGUACCGCCAAAGCCAGUCGGGACGGUCGUGGUAUAUCGGCAUCAACCGGGACGGCCAAGUGAUGAAGGGCAACCGUGUGAAGAAGACCAAAGCGGCCGCACACUUUCUACCUAAAGUCAUCGAAGUGGCCAUGUACAAGGAACCUUCGCUGCAUGCGCUUGUUGCUGAGCAGAGUCCUCCACGCAAAACCGUAAAGACUUCAGACUCCCCCUCCCACCAGAACGGCAGGAAAGAGGCCCCCAGAGCUGAUGCUUCAUAGCACGGGGGCCACACACAGGGAGGGUGAGGGACUACUAUUGAGAACUCCAUUUCCCAUCAUGCAAUGGGGCAGGAAGAGUGGGGCAAGAUCAGACAGCGGCCCCUGGCUAAAUGCAGGGUGAGAGGACCCCCAUCCCACGGAUUGCUUCACAGACAUAUGAGUCCACACUCCCAUGCAAAGCCAUGUUUCAGAAAUACGCCCCCUCAAGCCCUACACAUAGUGUCCGUCUGCCAAAAAUUCAGUGGCUAUAAAGCAAAAUACAAACAUCAUCCAUCCUGCCAGGUUUCCACUAAAUAUAUUGACUUUCUUUCCCUAUGGUUUCUUUUUGUUAAAGCGAUUUGUUAGGUGACUUUAUGUGUGAGAGCAAAAGAGAGAGAGAUUAUUUUUUAAUAUCCCCAUUUUGAUUCUAGCAUAUGAGACCCUUGCUGGUUCAUUUUUUGCCAUCACAUUGCGAACAUCUGCCCUCUGUUUUCUGUGCCAGUCGAAGCUUUAAACUAAAGGAGGGAGUAUAAAUUGUUUUUUAUUGGGUCAUUCAUGAAGAAUCCAUUUCUAUUGGACAGCGGGUGUAGACUAAUACCUGCCAGAAUUCAUUAUGUGGGACAGAAUCAGAUCUCAACAAAACACAUUAGAUUACAUUUACAUUCUUCUGCUGUCUUUUAUUGUAAACAACACCAGACUUGAUUUGAUCUUGACAGCGAUGAUGAGUUUAAAGCGAAUCCACAACCCAAAGCAUCUGUUUUGGUUCGGAUGUAACAUUUACCUGCGGGCGAAAAAGAAAAGCAAGUAAAUUCUCUCGUGACAACUCCAUUCAUGUUUAAUGGCCAGUGCGCUCUGCGCGGCAUCCGUAUCAUUGGCAGACUAUCGAGAUUAUUACGGGGCUGUUGCUUGAUAGUUCUUUGAUGGAAUUCGUACAUGCAGUCCAGCCACGAUUGCUUGAAUUAUUUACUCCAAACGUUCGACUCGUUCAACCAGCGCAGACGAGACAUUUUAAUAUGCAAAUUUAAAUUGUGGAGAGCUGAUCAAUGACACGGUGUUCAGAAGUGUUAGUACGUGCGUGGUGGAGUGUGAAAAAAACAGAAGGAUGUGAAAUUCGCUUCUGUUAUUUAUUUGCGGCGUGGGCACACGUGUGUAAACACUUGGCUCACGCGCACAGUUGAUCAUUUUAAUGGCUGAGUCAAGUCUGGGCAUUUUAAUCUGCGUGGAGAUGUUGACUGACGACCCUCUCUGGAUGUCAUAAUUGACACAUAACCGCAAGGAAGUGCUGUGACAUGGAAGCAGAAGGGAUGUGGGAGCGAACAAGCUCUUUGUAAUUCCACGGGUGUCUUUCCUGCUGCAGAAACCAGCAUCGAUUUUUAUUUCAUGCGUUUAUGUUGGUUAGCUCUAGUUUGGGGCAGCGUUACCAAACCAUUUACCAGCAAAACUUUGUGAAGUUGAUUUAUCAGCAUUAACACACCAGCAUUCCAUGAUGGGAAUCAGCAUCCAAAACACAAAACAUUAGCGCUUUUUUUUAGCAGGGUGAUGUCACUUCCUGUUCAUGCCUGUCACAUGCGACUCUGCAAAAUGAUUGUGUGUGCAUGGGUUUGUUUAAUAGCUGUUCACCCUUUUGUCCUUCAGAAUGUAAGGGACUAUGUCCUGCUGUUAUGACAUCAUUCAUUUGUUGGCCAAUAGCAACCACUGUGGCUGCAGAUGAUGUGACCUGAUUGGCUGCAGCUUUUGUCAGUCAAGGACGAAUAGCAAGUAAGGGUGCAGUCAGACAACAGCGGCAGAGUAUAGGGAGUAUUCUGUGCUUGUUUUGUUCUGUGUGAACAGGGUCACGUGUUCAUGUGUAUGUGUUUGUGUCGCAUGGUCACCUUGAUGUCCUUGAGUUGUGGCCUGAUUACCUGUUCUGAACACCCAGACUGCAAAAAUUAAACUCAGCGCUUACUAAGGAUAAAAAAGCAACAGAAAGUUGGAAGAAUGUUAAGCGAAUGUUGUUGAGGGUUUGCGCGUGUUGCCGAAAGUUUUAAGCAUGUUGAAAAACAGUUUGUGUAUGUUGAUGUCCGUCUUAAUGAAGUUUGUUAAUAAAAGGAAGCUUAACUCUUUUUCCGCCAUUGACAGAUUUUUAUUUCAUGAGACAAUGCUGCCAUUUACGGAAAUAUUCGGCUUUUCAUGUCUUUAGUGUUAUACAGUAGGGGGCGCUGUGAUACGUUUGAACGAGUACAAAAUCUGCCGAUCCAAAAGCAGCAAAUACUUUAUCUAUGUUGACAAAGGCUUUGACCAAAAUGCUAAUUUCUCAACUUUUAGUUUAAGAUCUAUUUUUGAACAAACCUACUUACAUUCUAAAGAUAAAGAACAAAAGAAAAUGUGAUAAAAUAAAGUUUUAUUUUUCCUUUAAAAUCAGAGGCUUUGUUCUUUAAUUUGACAUAUUGUAUGUUCAUUGAAGAAAAUAUUUUUGGGGCCAUCAAAGAUCUGGCUUUGGACUUUGUUCAAAACAUGGCGGAGAAAGAGUUGAAAGGAAUUCUAGCGUGUAGCAAACGUAACAGGAUGAAGACUUUUGUAGAUAAACUAGAAGAUGUUUGGCUGUGCGAGACAGGUGUUAGGAGGUGGGCGACUGUCUCAAUGAAAGAUGUACGUAAGUAGAAAAUUAAAGGUAAGAGUAUGUAGCUGUAACUGUAACCGGAUAAGGACUUUUCUGAAUAAACUUUGUGAAAUGUUUUGGCUGUUCGAAAAUAUCGGCGACUGUCUCAAUGUAAGUUAAAAAUGAGUAACAAGAGUAACUGGAUAAGGACUAUUUUCAAAUAAACUCUAGAAAACUCUGGCUGUGCGAGACGAGUUUUGGGACGCAGACGAUUGACUGCGUUCACGCUGCAUGAGUUUCUGAAAGUCCUGAGGGUAUACGUGUAUGAUUGAGGUUAGCUGGUGGAGAAAAAGACUAGAUUAUGAGAAAGAAAACUAGAAGUUGAUUUAGCUGGAUUCUUGGAGGAGAUGUGUUCUUUGGUAAUGAUGAGAGCGGGAAAGACUGAGAUGAUGAACAAAUUUCUUGCUGAUUGAGCUGAAGAUGGUCCUCUGAGGGUGGAGGGAGGGCAUUUAUGUGUGUGCGGUACCUACCUGGCCAACUGAGAUGUUGAGAACACAAGGACGAAUGUGGCGCAGACACGCCCCCUCAUGUGUGCUCCAAAGUCACGCUCCAUUUCCCGUGCAAUCUCCCCAAACCCUCUCCUGUGUGUCCUGUGGCUAUUAACCUUCCCUCCAGCUCAGUGUGUGUGUGUGUGUGUGUAUGCGCGCGUGUGUGCGUGUGUG